AUGGUUACACAGAGUUGGAUACCUUCCACCGAUAAGGACAACGCCGAUGGCGGAGUGUUUGAGCGUCCGCUGAGAUAUGGGUACAACUACAGCGAAACCGUUUACGUGCGCAUAACAUUGCUGAGGCAGAGAGUGGAUGGGGUGGACCAACCAGCGCUGCAAGUGGAAGAAGUAUUGCAUGGCGUUAAACGCGACACACCUGUCGUAUUCUCAACGUUAACACAGGGCCAUUUGGCACAGAUAGGAAUGCAAGUCACUCGCAUGUUCAGACUGGAUGAGGACAUCUCCGCAUUCCAUGCCAUGCAGAAUGAGGCUAAAGAGAGAGGCUUUGGCCGUCUGUAUCGAUCGCCGUCUACGUUUGAGGAUAUGAUCAAAUCAAUCACCAACUCCAACAUGACAUGGGCUGGCACAGUGCGCAUGUGUGCGCUGCUGUGCUUCCAUUACGGUAAGCGGGGGGCCUUUCCCACGCCGCAGGAGAUGCCCACAAGUGCGGAUGAGCUGAAGACAAAGUGUAAAGUGGGCUACAGAGGUGACCGCAUGCUGCAAGUGGCAGCUCUCUUUCUCACUCCACCCGAAGACUUAAGUGCCUUUGACAACACGGGUGAGGCCGAUAUGAAAACGCUGCCGACACCAGAUCCUCUGAGCACCCCAACGAAACAAAAAGCCGCUGCGAAGCGUGCACGAAAAACCCAAGAAAAAUUAGAGAAGCGCAGGAAAAACCUGGUUUUAGUCAAGCGCCUGGUGCAGGCUGACAACCCGCGGCUGGUGGUGGGUGAUUCACAGUUGGUGUUUGCGCUGAUUAAGUCGCUGCACGGCUUUGGGGACUUUGCUGCGUCCAAUGUCAUGCAACUCAUGGGCUACUACGACCACCUGGCAGCCGACUCAGAGACGGUGAGGGGGUGGGCAGAGCAAUGGAAGGGGUUGUCUGGGGAUGAGUGGGUGGUUAUUGGGGGGUGGGCAUGUCAGAGGUGGUCUAUUGAUGAGUGA